AUGGGACGCCGGAUUCUGGGCUGGGGCUCCGGGGCCGGGCGCGGGGCGCGGGGCCGCUGCCUCCGCUGGGGCCAGGCCGAGGACCGGUCCCGCUGCGCCCCGCCUGCCCUGUCGGUCCCGGGCGGCGGGGUCUGUGGGGAAGAGGAGAGACUGCACCGCCCAGACUGCCUUCGGGUACGCAGGACCCCAGGAUUCCUGCCCUCGCGGCCUCUUGCCUGCUCAGGCCUCCCAGGCCCAAGAGGGAGCCAGCAGCUGGCCUCCUUACUGGGGUCUGAAGGGGGCUGGCACGCGUGGCCACUUGUUCAUAUGUACAGGCCAAGAACUGAACCCCAGACUCCGGCCACACUGAGGUCCGCCCUCCCAUCGCUGGCUGCCAAUAAGGACACCAUGAGCCAGCUGGGGUCCGUGAGCUGCUGCCCGGGUGCCACCAAGAGGGGCCUCAAUGGCAUUUCACACCCCUGCAUCCUCCCCGGGGCACCCCCCGGGUCCCGCCCUCCUGGGGUGAGUGACGGUGUGUCCCAUGCAGAGCAGAGGAAGAAGUACUCCAACUCCAACGUCAUCAUGCACGAGACGUCCCAGUACCAUGUGCAGCACUUGGCCACAUUCAUCAUGGACAAGAGCGAAGCCAUUGGGUCUGUGGGUGAUGCCAUCCGGAAGCUGGUGCAGCUGAGCUCCAAGGAGAAGAUCUGGACCCAGGAGAUGUUGCUGCAGGUGAAUGACCAGUCCGUGCGGCUGCUGGAUAUCGAGUCUCAGGAGGAGCUGGAGAACUUCCCCCUGCCGACGGUGCAGCACAGCCAGACAGUGCUCGACCAGCUGCGCUACCCAUCGGUGCUGCUGCUCGUGUGCCAGGACGCAGAGCAGAGCAGGCCGGACAUCCACUUCUUCCACUGCGACGAGGUGGAGGCAGAGCUGGUGCACGAAGACAUCGAGAGCGCGCUGGCCGACUGCCGGCUGGGCAAGAAGAUGCGGCCGCAGACCCUGAAGGGGCACCAGGAGAAGAUCCGGCAGCGGCUGUCGAUCCUGCCCCCUCCCCAGGGCCCAGCCCCCAUCCCCUUCCAGAGCCAGGGUGAGGACUCCCCUCAGGCCAGGAAUCGCGUGGGCCCGCCACUCGGAGAGCCAGGCUACCGCCGUCGGGAGUCACAGGACGAGGAGCCGCGGGCCGUGCUGGCUCAGAAGAUAGAGAAGGAGACGCAAAUUCUCAACUGCGCCCUGGACGACAUUGAGUGGUUCGUGGCCAGGCUACAGAAGGCGGCCGAGGCCUUCAAGCAGCUGAACCAGCGGAAGAAGGGCAAGAAGAAGGGGAAGAAGGGGCCGGCAGAGGGAGUGCUCACGCUGCGGGCGCGGCCCCCGUCGGAGAGCGAGUUCGUUGACUGCUUCCAGAAAACCAAGCUGGCCAUCAACCUGCUGGCGAAGCUGCAGAAGCACAUCCAGAAUCCCAGCGCGGCUGAGCUCCUGCACUUCCUCUUUGGGCCGCUGGACCUGAUCAUCAACACCUGCGGUGGCCCAAACAUCGCGCGCUCCGUCUCCAGCCCCCUGCUCUCCUGUGAUGCUGUGAGCUUCCUGCGUGGCCACCUGGUCCCCAAGGAGAUGUCACUGUGGGAGUUGCUGGGGGAGACCUGGACACGGCCCCGCUCUGAGUGGCCACGGGAGCCACAGGUACCCUUCUACGUGCCCAAGUUCCACAGCGGCUGGGAGCCACCCCUGGACGUGCUGCAGGAGGCUCCCUGGGAGGUGGAGGGGCUGGCAUCCUCCCCCAGUGACCAGCCGACUCCAGUGGGCCGACCAACUGUUCGGCACUCCCCAAAGCACAGCCUCACUUCUGAGCCCACAGCCCCGGGGGACGCUGGAGCACCUGUCAGCUCCCCACAUGCUCACAGGGGCUACCAGCCAACGCCAGCCAUGGCCAAGUAUGUCAAGAUUCUCUACGACUUCACAGCCCGCAAUGCCAACGAGCUGUCAGUGCUCAAGGAUGAGGUCCUAGAAGUGCUGGAGGACGGCCGGCAGUGGUGGAAACUGCGAAACCGCAGCGGCCAGGCCGGCUACGUGCCCUGCAACAUCCUGGACGAGGCUGGGCCCGAGGACGCCGGC